UUUUGGUGUGCUGUACAGAUUCAUGUUUCACAUGAAAAAUUGAAUGCAACAUGCUGAUGCCCAACCUUAAGUUUAAAUCAGCUAAUUUAUAAUUUAUACAUCUUACUGCAACUGGACUCCUGAAGUUACUCAGCUCAUUGAUCCAAAAUGAGCACUAUCCUUGAAAAAAUUGCUGCCAUCGAGGCUGAGAUGGCCAGAACACAGAAGAACAAGGCAACAGCCGGUCACCUUGGCCUUCUCAAGGCUCGCCUUGCCAAGCUUAGGAGGGAACUCAUCACUCCUAAAGGGGGUGGAGGAGCAGCUGGAGAGGGUUUUGAUGUGGCUAAAACUGGUGAUGCCCGGAUUGGGUUUGUAGGAUUCCCAUCAGUGGGGAAGUCAACUCUCCUGACAAAUUUGGCUGGAGUAUACUCAGAAGUGGCUGACUAUGAAUUCACCACCCUUACUACUGUUCCUGGAUGUAUCAAAUAUAAGGGAGCAAAAAUACAGCUUUUAGAUCUUCCUGGUAUCAUUGAAGGAGCAAAAGAUGGGAAAGGCAGAGGUCGUCAGGUGGUUGCCGUUGCCCGAACGUGCAGUCUCAUUUUCAUUGUCCUGGAUGUUCUGAAACCCUUGCAGCAUAAAAGGAUUAUUGAAAGGGAAUUGGAGGGUUUUGGAUUGCGGCUCAACAAAAAGCCCCCAAAUAUUGGAUUCCGAAAACGAGACAAGGGUGGCAUCAACCUCCAGUGCCUUGUUCAACAAUCUGAAUUGGAUUUAGAAAUGGUUCGCUCCAUUCUCUCAGAGUACAAGAUAUUUAAUGCAGAUGUGACCCUGAGGUAUGAUGCUUCUACUGAUGACCUCAUUGAUGUCAUUGAGGGGAAUCGAGUAUAUGUUCCAUGCAUUUAUAUUCUCAAUAAAAUUGAUCAGAUCAGCGUAGAAGAACUGAAUAUCAUCUACAAAAUCCCUCAUUGUGUCCCCUUGUCUGCACACCACAAGUGGAACUUUGAUGACCUGUUGGAGAAGAUGUGGGAUUACCUGCAAUUGAUCCGCAUAUACACCAAACCAAAAGGACAGCUCCCAGACUAUGAGGCUCCAGUUGUGCUCCAAAAUGACAAGUGCAAUGUAGAGGACUUCUGCAACAAGCUCCAUCGUUCAAUCAUCAAAGAAUUCAAAUAUGCACUUGUCUGGGGAUCCUCUGUGAAACACCAACCUCAAAAAGUGGGGAAAGAUCAUUUCCUUCAUGAUGAAGAUGUUGUCCAGAUUGUCAAGAGAGUAUGAGGAUUGUGUGCAUGGGUUUGCUUACAUCAAGGGACUUGAUUUCUGCAUCAAGAGUCUGAGUUGUCAGGGCUUCAUGGACAUUCUUAUGCAGUUGUGUGAUGAUAAGACUUGACUGCCUGAAAGAAGUUCCAAGUCUUGCAUUCUCUCCAUGUCAUUUUUAAUUUUUUGUCCCCAUUUCCCAUGCAGCAAAUAUGUUGGCUGGCUAAUUGAGGCUACAUCAUGAUGCUGAAUUGUUGGAAGAAUUCAAACUCCUAGUGUCUAGCCAC